AGGAGAGUGUAGUAGUCUAGAAUUGAAAAAGCACGCGAGAAGACGAAGAAGAAAAGAGGCUGCUGAAUAAGUCGAAGAUCAGGCAGACUAAUUUUAGAAGCCGGACAAGAAGCAUUCACGCAAUUCUAGUGGGCAGUUUUUUUUCUUUCUCGUUCUCUUUCUCUCCCUCCGGUUGGAGUAUACAUCUCUUGUCAUGGGCCAUUGUGAUCUGAUAAAUGGAAACGACAUCGUGUGACCAAAUCUAAGCUCCAUUGAGGGGUCGUGGACCACGGGUUGGUUUCCAGUCUCAAGGCUUUUAGUGACGAGCCCUUGAGAUGUGUUUGCGGUGAUGGUAUUUAUGACAUGGAAACUGACCUGUCGCCCGUGUUGGACAAUUUGAUACAGUGCCAACUUGAACGCUUCUUCUUCAAGUGUCCUGAGAAAAAGUGCCGACGGAGUGCUAGCUCAGAACAAGAGCAAUUCUCCCAAUGCGAGACAAUCAAGGGAUAAAAAACAUUGGAACCCACGCAAGAUUUAUGUGCCCCGACUUGCCUAUACUUGGGGUUGGUGGUGGAAAUAAAAAGUAUACAUCGUCCACUUGGGCUGUGGGAUUGUCCCAUGGUCCUCUACUUCCUUUAAUUUGACGAGCUCCAAAGCAAACGACCACUCAAUCUCUCAUGUAAAAAAAAUCCAUUCCAUCACCAAAGAUUUUAGACGGUCAGUUCACGGAAAAGUCAGGAAAAACACACAAUACGAAAAGCAGCAGCACACCAUUACCAACAAGAACAACAACAACAACAACCUCCAGAACAACGAUAGCAACAGUACAGAUCCUAAUGCUUGCCUCCUGGUUACUAUAACUUUAGCCUCGUAUUGUCACACAUGAUCGCCAGUUCCCACGGGUAAAAGAAGAACGGUGUAUGUACAAUUGAGAGGAGAAAAGAAGGAAGAGAUCGAGGAGAAAGACGAAACAGAGAGCAAUGAGCCCGCCAGUCAAAACAUUGCCAUCGUUGUCUGUUGUUCCAACACAUGUCGUCGUUCUGCCAGGGCAUCAAUCUUGAAGCAGCAACGACAACAUUGGCCAAGAAGGGAUAUGCGUGGAAGUGGAUCAUCAUCUCUAGCAGCCUCUUGUCCCUUCAGAUCUCACUCCUACUCAGGUUUGGUAAACGAGGCAAGAUUGUUACCCUUGGAGAGGGCAGACAAUUACGAAUGGAAUGAUGAAUAACAGGAACGAGGAGUGUGCAGGAAUAACAACAACAUCAAAAACAACGGCGGCAGCAGCAGCAGUGACAACGACGACAACAACAACAACAUCGACAACAGUUGCAGAAGAGGAGGAAGAGAAUAGUACGUGGCAGUGCGUCCAUUCUGGUUCGUAACUGGUUCAAUGGCAAAGCACUUAGAGGGUGUCGUCGAUAUAUGCCUUGGUAACUUGAAAGGAUAAGGCACGCAUCAAGAGUCAUCGUCACCUGUCGGACUACAUCUUUUGAUGGAAGCUGCCCAACAAUGGAAAUGGCAGAGACGCUCUUCCGGCUUUCUUCUUUUCAGUCUUCUAUGUCUGCUUCAAUCUCGUUGAUCCUUCUCUCAUCCUUGUGCCACCUGACCCAAUUCAGUGAGGCUCAAACCCCGAGUCGUCGAAUGGAUCCCAAGCAAUUGGAAGAAUUCUGCAAGAACUUCACGGUAGGACACCCCGAUGCCAUGGAGUUCUACAGCCCACAGUAUCCCAACAUGUACCCCAAAGACAUAACGUGUUUUCGUACUAUCACUGCCGAUAUCGGCUACUUCGUGAGGAUAGACUUUCGUGAUAUGUUCAGAAUUGAACCACCCGGUACGGAUAGCAAAUGUGACUACGACUACCUAGAAAUCAGAGACGGUGAUCAAGGCUACUCUCCACUCAUAGGAAAGUUUUGCGGAGACAAGUUUCCCCCCAUAAUCACUUCAUCAGGACGAUCUCUAUGGAUGCGAUUCUCUUCAGACUCCACCAUUCAAUACACGGGUUUCAAAGCAGUGUACACGUUCAUUGAAAAUAGGCUCAGUAACGUGCCAGAUAUUGGCAAAUGUGCAUUUGAAACUGGAGGCUUCCAGGACUUCAUUGGCACAGCCAACAUCAGUGUCGACCGCAUCGAUCACGCUAAGACCUACGACGCUCCCAUAGAUUGUGUGUGGACAAUUACUGCAGAGAAAGGAUUCCAAAUCUAUAUCCAGUUUCCUGAAUACCAAUUGGAUCAUCCGAACGAUUGUCAUUUGAAUUACAUUCAGGUUUUUGACGGCAAGACUGACGAAGAGCAUCGACUCAAAAAUUUUUGCGGAUCGGUAGCGGAAUCAGUGACUAGUAAAACCAGUGAUGUGUACAUACGGUUUUAUGCGGAGAAAAGCGGUAUCAAUUCGCAAUUUGUCGCCGUUUUCACUGCGAUGCGAGUUCUGGACGGGCCAAAUGCAGCUUGCGAUCCUGAAACUGAAUAUGAUUGUGAUGAUGCGACUUGUAUUCACCCAGAUCUUGUUUGCAAUACCAUCCGAAACUGUAAGUUUGGAUGGGACGAGGAAUCGUGCGCCGAGUUCACGGGCAACACAAUGCUGGACUUCUCCGCCAGUCAUGUGAUCAUCAUUAUAUUUGUUCUGGCUGUCAUUCUACUCGGAAUGUGCGCCGGCAUGAUGUGGAACUUCGUAAGGAAGCUCUCUCAAGACAAGGAGGAAUUGGCCGUCUCCCGAGAGAAGUCUCUAGCUGCCAGCGGAGCUUCCCUCGAUCGGUUGAACCGCCAUUUGCCUCCGGAUCCGGAACUACCUCGAGACAUCCCUCCCGCACCUGGAGGGCGGCCCAAAAGCCGGGCAGAUGGUAGUGCAGGCUCAUUGGCCGGCGCCACAUCAGGAGGGCAUCACAUGAGUCAUCAAACGACGGACAGCAACGGAGCGGGUUGUUACGUUCCCGAUGGAGGAUUCCCAUUCAAUUCAAAGUUCUGACCAAGGCCCCAAGUUUCUGCUGGAUUGGAAACUUGGCCCAAGGGCCGUCAUCGCCGUCCUUGUCAGCCACACUUGCCAUUUGGUCCUGGUGCUUGUGCUCAACCCCAUCUAGCUUAUACUCCGCCUCCUUUACCACCCGCUCCUCCUCCCCCACCGCGUCAACUCCCGUCGAUCUACUAUUGCUCAAGAAUGGGAUUUCGGCAUAACGUCGACCUUUGUCCAAGUCUAUCCCAUCACCAUUUAUACCAUCAUUGCUGCUGUCGCGAUCUCACCUGACCCAACUCUAAAUGGCCUUUCUCGUUGAAGGCCAUGAACUCAUCCAACACAUCCCCACCCAAUCGCACUCUACGUUGGCAUUGGUCCACCAUAGACGACCCUAUCAAGAAUGGUAUCACAGAUGACGAAGAUUUUCCCGACGAGAUCUUUUAUCUCCCAACGCCCAGCAAUCACAUAUCAGAUUCCUGAAAUCGAUGUCUGCAACUUUUUUUUCUACUUACACGCUCACACACAAUUGUGAAGACCUUUAAGGUGCUAGUUACUUCCUAAAUCAGCUCUCUUGACCCGGAGGAAGUCUACUGUACAACAACAACGACGACGAUAAAGAAGAAGAAGAAGACGAUGGAAAACAUUAAAAGGCAGAAGCAUGACAUAAGUAGAUGCCAUGAAAAGGUCUUCUCCUUCAGCUAGAAGUUCAGAUUGAAGUACAAUCACUGCCAUUUACAGAGUAGUCUCUCAUCAUGACGAGCCAGCAAUGAUAAUCGCAACAACCGUUACAUCCCUCAUCACCGCAGGAAAGUUAGUCUUGGAUCCUAAUAUCUACGGUUAGCCUUCCUGUUUCUGAUGAUGAGACUGCGAAAGUUGGCCAUUUGUAUUUGUUACCGAUGCCCAGUAUUUUGUAUGUGACCAACAAAAUAAAGCAUGUCUCUCAACAAA